GAAAGAGCCAGAUGAUUGGGAUAUACCCGAAACGGAGAAACCCACUGCAGAGGAAGAGGAAGAGGAAGAGGAUCCAAGGCAAGAACAAGAAAAAGAAGAAGUAGAGGAAGAGAUCAUUGAGAGACAACCAGAAGAUGCCCCUGAACAGGAAGAAGGAGAAGAGGAAGAGGCAAUCGAUCCAAAUUUGAGGGAACAAGGUCGUCAUUCGAAUAGUCCCGGUGAUCCACGUAAAUCUGGUGAUGUAGGUCCAGAUGACAGCGGUGACGGUAAUGAACCGCUGAGAAAGAGACCAAAGCCUGCACCAAAGAAAGAGAGAUUCGCUAGAGGUAGUUCACAACCACUUCCUAAUAUCAGUGCAGCCAGUAUGAAGCGCUUCAUGGAGCGUUUCAUGAACCAGCACCGGACUGGAGGCAAGAUUGUAGUUGAUCCUGGUGCUCAGGAGGUGAUGAUGGAUAACUGCUACAACUACCUCGAACUACUCUGCAAUCAAACUGAAACGAGAGCUAGACAAAAUGGUCGAAAUAAUGAGCUCCGGGCAUCUGAUAUGAUUGAGGUUUUAAGGGAUCAGGGUGUUAUUUCUGAUAGGGCACCAUUGCAGACGUUAGCCAGACGAUUACUCCCUGCUGAGCUCAUCAACGAAUAUGACCAAAUAUCCGGUGACUGGGGUGUCGAUGUUGGGAUUAUGAAAGGAAAAACAAGCAAUAAGCAACCGAAAUCAGCAUUAAAGAGACCAGCAGGUACUGAAGUUGAUGAAGAUAGUGAAGGAGAGGCUGAGGAAGCUGAGGAAGAUGAAGAGGCCGAGUAAAAGCCGAACAAGAAGCUGAACUAGGAUCAUAAUGGCGAAAGUGUAGAAUAUUGUACUAAUACUUCUGAUUGAUUAAUGUAUAGUUCUGAUCUAUCAUACAGGUAUUGGGAUAUCUAACGCAGGUUUAGCCGCGUAACAAGCCGUCUAGUUGCUUCUGCAUUCUUUCUAGCUCUUCAUCGUGAUUUUGUUCUUCUGCUUGUGGUUCUUCGAUCUCGGGAAGUUCUUUAUCAGCCAUUGAACCAAUUUGGUCGAGCUUUCCACCAGUUAUUUCCAUUAAAACCUUAUCAACUUCUUCGUCAGCCUCCUCGUUGAGACCCUCCUCUUCGUCAUGCGCGUCCAUUGUUUCUUGAAGCAUUUCGUCCAUGAUGCCAGCCUUCAUCAUUUCCUGUGACAUCUGUGACAUAGUGCUAGAUAACUGAGGAAGUUUAAUAAGUGAUGAAGAUAGUUUCAUAAUCUCUGUUGAUUUCUGUAAGCUACCAGUCACUUUCAUUGUCGACAACUGGGAUGAUAGCUGCAUCGAUAUAGAAUUGAGCGUGACCUUUGAAGAUAACAAACGCUCUUUUUGCUUAUUAGAGCGUGCAAUUUCCUUUGCUAAAAUACGGCAGGAUUUCCUAUCGUCUCUUUUUGCCAACUGCUUCAAAGAGGACUUUGUUUUGUUCGUUGCCUGAUCUAAUUGACGUAUCUCUCUAUCAAGUAAUCUAGACUCUUUGCGUAGAUUCGCUUGCCAUUUACGCACUCUUUCCUCUGGAGUUAGACCGAAUAUGAAAGUGUUUAGGGAUUUGAGCAUCGAUGUUGUUGUUCAAGAGAACAGCUAGUCAGUAUUUCAAAUGAAACUAAUAAAUAACAAAUAAAUAUCAUCAUACACUUAAUUUGUACCUUGAUCUACACCAGCCAUGUCAGCGAUAAGAUGUUGGAAGAGACUCAUAAGAUUCGUCGCUAAAGAAGACGGUCGUAUUUAUCUCGGUGAACCCCUUUCAGCCGAUAUCGACGUUGGCCUCUCUAAAAACAUACAAGCUGACAUACUCAACACUAAUUCUGCCCUCACUGCUACUCUCCGCACCGGGGAUAUCAAGACAGUCUCAAAGCUGCUUUCACCUCUUAGUUUCGAUGAAGUACCUACCAGUCGCUUUCUUGGCUUAAAUUACAGGGACCAUGCUGAAGAGUGCAAACUCAAAAUUCCAACUCAGCCUAUUUUGUUCUACAAACCAUCAACUGCCUUGGCUGGACCGGGGGACGCAAUACCAAUACCACGUGUAUGUCAACCAUCAGAUGAGCAUUUAGUCGACUAUGAGGCCGAAUUUAUUGCUGUAAUUGGACGUGCUGCAAAAAAUGUCAGUAAGAAAGACGCUUUGAACUAUAUCCUUGGUUAUUCAAUCGGUAAUGACGUUAGCACGAGAAAGCACCAAUUCGGUAGCUCACAAUGGGGAUUCUCCAAGUCAUUUGAUGGUAGUGCACCAUGGGGACCCGCACUUGUUAGUGCAGACGAGAUUACUGAUCCUCAAAAUAUCCCAAUCGGCACAAAGCUCAACGGAACCAUUAUGCAAAACAGUUCAACUUUAAAGCAAAUAUUCUCUUUAGCUGAGACAAUCGCCUUCUUAUCACAAGGAACUACACUUCUACCAGGAUCAUUAAUAUGGACAGGUACACCAAUGGGUGUCGGAUUCACUCGUAAUCCGCCUGCAUACUUAAAGCAUGGUGAUAAAGUUGAAAUAUUCUCUAACAAUCAAAUUGGGACGCUGGUGAAUAAUGUAGCUAACGAUGAAUAAAGUACAAGGUUGUUUUUCUUUUUUCUUUUUUACAAUUACAUAUUAUACUCUGGUGAUAUCCUCUCAUUGAGUUGAUUAUUGAGUGUGUUAGUAGAUGCUGAUGAACCGACGAUCUGUCUUAAGAAAUCAUCUAAUUGUGGUUUAGACGUAUGCUCAUGACCACAACCGAAGUUAUUGAAAUUAUUAGAAGUUUGAGCACUUUGGAAGAACCUGCGUUUCUUUUUAGAGAAAUUUUGUGUUCUAUUUCUACCAUUUAUUCUAUUACUACGAUUUUUGUAGGUAGAUUGAUAGUCAUCCUCUUCCAUUUCAGGUUCAUCAUAAAUAUUAUUAGCAGCUUUUGAUAUCCUCUCGUCGAGUUCAUCAUCUGAUUGAUCACUGUAAGGCCAUGGAUCAGAUGGUACCUCUCUUAUCUGUGCGGAUGGUGCGAAAGGUAAUUCUUUGAGGUGUUCAAACACCUUAGUUUGUAUAUCAUGAAGAUACUCUGGCGUGUUGUGAUUCUCCAUGUUAGUUUCAGGUACGUCAAGCUUAUAACGCGGGCCAUAAUAAUCAAGAUAAUCGUUGAAUGGGAGGUCUUCUUCGAGGUGUUUAUCAACUAGCAAUCCAGUUUCGUAAGUCCAUGUACGUGAAACGUUUCGCACUGCGUAUCCACCACCACCCAAGACAAUCAUCGGUAAGUUGAAAGCUUUAACGAAUUUGACACAGUCUGCGUGACCUUUCAUGGAGAGAUUAAAAACACCAAGUUUGUCACCAGCUAAACUGUCGGCGCCGCAUUGUAAAACAACAGCGCCCGGUCUAUACCAUUCCAUAAUGUGUUGUAUUGUAGGUCUGAAAACAGAGUGAUAACUCUCAUCAUCGAUACCAUCCCUCAAGGGGAAGUUAACAGAGUAAGAUUUGCCUUUAAACAUUCCAGUGUCAUCCGUACUACCCGUACCAGGAAAAUAAUCUGGGUAUUUGUGGAAAGAACAAGUGAGUACCCUGUCGGUAGUAUAGAAAGCCUCUUCAACGCCAUCGCCAUGAUGAAUAUCGAUAUCAAUAUAAAGAACCCUUUGAUGGUACCUCAAAAGUUCGAUAAUGGCGAGUACGAUAUCAUUGACGUAACAGAAACCGGAUGCUUCUCUCUUUUUAGCGUGAUGCAAACCGCCGGCCCAAUUAACAGAUAUGUCAGAUUCACCUGAAGUUAGUCUGUUUGCUGCUGCUAUACUUCCACCUGCAGAGAUGGAGCAGAAUUCGAAAAGUCCUUCGAAUGAUGGGCAAUCUUCUCCUGAGAGGAAAAUUUCGUGGUUUCUCGUUAGAUCUGCAGCUGUCUCUGGUGUGACGUGCUUUAAGAAAUCGAUGUACUCGUCUGUAUGAAAUCUAGUCAUCUCCUCAGGAGAAGCUCUAGGAGGUUUCAGUAUUUGCAUCUUCUUAUCUAAACCAUAAUUGAGUACUAGGUUAUGUACCAUUCUCAUUCUAUGGGGUUUCAUAGGGUGUCCAAAGCCAUAAGAGUAGUUGCCGACGUCAGAGUCAUAAUAGUAUGCGACUUUAGAUUUUAAUUUUUUAGAUUCUG